AAUUUGUCAAGAGCCAAACACUAAUUGAUGUUUAAUGAGGAUCAAGUGGAUGUUGUGAUUUGUUUUUGUGGGUGAAGUGAGUGAUUUUCCGAUGUAGAAUGCCACGUAAACGUCGCUCGGCAGAAACAGAUUCUGAAGAUGAACACGACGAUUCGAGACGUCCUCAACGCAACGCUGCCAAUGAACGCGAGAGGGCUCGCAUGCGCGUACUUAGUAAAGCCUUUUGUCGUUUGAAAACCACUUUACCGUGGGUACCAGCAGACACAAAAUUGUCAAAAUUGGACACUUUGCGACUUGCUACUAGUUAUAUUGCUCAUCUUAGAGCUGUACUGAUGGACCAACCAGUCUCCGGUGAUAGUUUGCCAAAACACCCCCUCACUCUGACAUGGCCCUUUACCUUCCAGAGAUGCCCCGAUUCCACAACAGAUGUAGUCGACGAAAGGGAUCAGCACGUAUGGGCCCAUGAAGGCCCCAUCCAGUCUAUCAUCAGGGAAAAGGACAUAUCUUAUUUCUACUAAUUCUAAUUUAUUUUCUUUUCGUUUAGAAGGGGCAUGUGAGCCGGCAAAACACGGGCGGCAUAGCGGGUUAUAUUGGAAGGGUUUUGAUUUUUUUAAAGCUAGUUUGAAGUUAAGAAUAUUAUUUCAUUAACUUGUUAAUUAGAUUAAUUGAUUAUUUUUAAUCAAUGACAGUCUAAUAGAGUAAAUUUAAAAUCAUCGUUUACUUAUAAUUCUUCGUCUUCUUAUGAAUAGAGCUAUCCUAUAUACUAUUAUCGCUGUUAUUCAUACUUUUAAACUUAAAUCGAAAGCAAUUACGACGAACUACUAAGAGCGAAGGUUGCUGAUUUCGGUGUAGAGAGAUAUUACAAAAUCCUCGGGUUCUGGAUUCCAUGACAACUAGUCUGUUUCUUAAGUUACUAACAUAUUUCAUGGUAUUUUUUAUAAUACUGUUUUAAUAAUAGGUAGAGGUACUUUUAACGAUAGUACCUUUAAUCAGUCACUUUAUAUAUACAUAUAUAUAUAUAUAUAUAUAUAUAUAUAUAUAUAUAUAUAUAUAUAUAUCCGGUUUUUUAGGCGUUACGCCCGUCCGGUAGGGAUCUAUGGAGGAGUAUCACCAAGCCGCAAGCCCUUAUCUCUUGCCGUACUGCUCCACCAUAGGCUGAUCAGAUCCCAGCAUAUCCUAGUCUAAGCCGCAGAUUCAUCUAGAAUUUUAAACUACUGCGUUAGACUUUUUGUUUUCAGUACACCGAGCUGGGGCUCGAACCCACAUCCACUGAACCAUUCGACAGUGAAGCAAAUGAGAGGCAGCCGCACAGCCCGCUGAGCUAUCUGACCGACUAAUCAGUCACUUUACCUAAUAAAAAUUCCAGCUGUUCUGAGGAAAAGUCGUAGAGAACCACCUACCAGAUGAUACUACCUAUAUCUUUGUUUUGUUCACUGUAUAUUGCUAAUCAUAAACUAUAUAGCAUAGCUUUGAUAUAGCAUUUUUUUAAGUUUCUAUCGGAAUGUGAUCGAUGGCUCACACAACAGCCUAGUAGAUCUAUAGCAAUUUGUCAACUGGGUGAGAUUUCUGCAAUUAUCCAAAACUGCUUUGAUAUACAGAAAUAAUUAGUUCCAGCACCCUGCACUUUUACAAAAACUACCUCAUUUUUAGAAAAUGUUCCGCAAAUAAUUGAGUAGUCAUAGGAGAAACAAAAAGUAGCUUGACCAAGAAAAUUAACAAACUGGAAGCUGAAGCCAAGAUGUAGAAUACAAAUAAACGAAAAUGCAGCAAAAUAUAUGCAAGUAAACAAAAACUAAAAAAAUCAAAGGGGGUACCUGAAGAUUGGCAUAUUCAAAUUUGAAAAAAUAACGAUAUUCCACUACCUGUGAGUGACCAUGGAAGCGACUGUACAAUAAAAAAUUAUGGAAAGUCUUUUAAAGGGCAACAAAGCCUUCGAAAAAUACAUAAAAUUGCUAAAACAGAAAAAUAAGAACAACAUACAAAAAUAAAGAUAUAAGAAAUACUGAUACGGUCACUUGGAGAACAUUCAUAAACUACGUCGAAUAAAAUUUGGAUUUUUAAUUCCCUCUCCCCUCGUCGUAAAAAGUGUAGUUUACAGUCGAGACUCUUCUUCAUAUCGACGACGCAAUUGCCACUUACGACCCCGAUUUUUUUUUAAUUCGAUGUCAUUUCUGGAUUUUUUUAUAUUAACUAUAAAACUUUAUUUACGAGUGUAUCUGGUGAAGCUAAUGAAAAAUUACAUUUAUAGAGACAAUAGUGACAAAUUGAAAUACACCAAGUGACGUGGAAUGUUUCCUUAUGUCCCCCUCCCUCUUCCCCAUGACGUAGUUUAUGGAUAUUUCGUUAUCACAUAGCUUUGAAAACAACAAUGAUGAACAAAAAGAAAAAUAAAAGUUAAGAAGACUUAUAAGGAAAAUAAUAAGAACAAUUCUAGGACCUAAUAUUACCCGUGAUGAGAAAGAGGAUUAAAAAGAAAUAAAGAUAUAGAAAAAGAGUUAGGAAACAAUAAUAUGGUGAAAGUAAUUAAAUGACAGAAUAUGCUAAAGUGGAAGUGAAAAUCAAAUCUAUUGAACGGUGACGACGAUGAUGAUGGUAAAAAAAGAUAUUAAUAUAAUUUCUAUUAAAACUAAAGAGUGGGAAAACGAAUGGAGAAAACCAACACAGAGAUAAGGAGAUGUAAACCACCUCAGAAUAUGCUAAAGUGGAAGUGAAAAUCAAAUCUAUUGAACGGUGACGACGAUGAUAAUGAUUAAAAAAUAUAUUAAUAUAAUUUCUAUUAAAACUUAAUAAAUCAAAGAGUGCAUCAAUAAAUAAGACGUAAUUGAGAAGUGCGAACCCUUAGGAUGUUUUACUACACUUAUUAUUACAUUUGUAUGCGUGUAAAACUUGCUAAAUAUUGAUCUUCAUGAACGUUCCUUCAAAAAAGCAAUUUUGCUAAUAAAUAAGCAUUUUUUUCUACAUAUAAUUUAGGCGAGCAUCAAAACCCCAAAAACUACUGUAGUUUUCGAUAAACGUAUAACUCGUUGGCAACCAGACAAAUUUGGUACCAUAACGUUUGUAAUAAAAAUUUGCAAAAGUGUUUUAAAUAUAAUUUUUUGAUUGUCUUGGGAAAAUCUAAAAUAUCUAUCUAAUUAGCCUUCUUCGGUCCAUCUUUGGACAUAGGGCUCCCCGAUCCUUUUCCAUUCUUCUCUGUAUGUCGCUACAGUCAUCCACCUAGAGCCAACGUGCUUCUUGAUAUCAUCUGCCCAUCUCAUUUGGGGCCUUCCUCUGCUUCGUUUAUAUUCCCACGGUCUCCAACUUAUAAGAAUUUUGUUCCAUCGGUCUUCUUUUUGUCUUGUAUUGUAUCCGGCAAAUCUUCAUUUCAAUUUUGCAACUUCUUGUCUAACAUCCCUCACUUUUGUUUUCUCUCUUAUCCACUCGUUUCUCUUUUUAUCUAUUAGUCUUAUGUGCAACAUUUGUCUUUCCAUUGCUCUUUGGGUUUUUAUGAUUUUGUCCAUGUUUGCUUUUGUAAAUGUCCACGUUUGGGAACCAUAAGUAAGAACAGGGAGUACGCAUUGAUUGUAUACUUUGGUCUUAAGAUUCUGUGGAUAUCUUUUGUUUUUAAGAAUGUAGCUUAGUUUGCCAAAUGCCGCCCAUGCCAGUCUAACUCGUCUCUUUAUCUCUGCUGUUUGGUUCUCUUUGUUAAGUUUUAUAGUUUGACCAAGAUAUAUAUAUAUAUAUAUAUAUAAUAUAUAUAUAUAUAUAUAUAUAUAAUCCUGAACUUGUUCUAUUUCAUCUUGUCCGAUUCUCAUUGCGAUGUCUUCAUCUGUAUUUGUUAUGGUUUUGGUCUUGCUGUAAUUCAUAUUAAGGCCUAUCUUUCCAGCUUCUACGUCCAGUUCUUUCAUCAUUUCAAAUAAUGUUUCUUUUUUAUCAGUUAUCAAUACCAUAUCAUCAGCGUACCUUAGAUGGUUCAAGCGUUGUCCACAAAUUUGUAUACCUUUUUCUUCCCAUUCUAAUCUUUUAAAAAUAUCUUCAAAAGCCUGAUUGAAAAGUUUCGGUGAUAUUCUAUCACCCUGUCUCACGUAAAAUAUCUAUAUCAAUGUAUAUAUUGUAUAUAUUGUAUAUAUCACAUAGUAUAUCAAUAGAUAUAGUAUAUCAAUAUUUAUAUUGUUUAUAAUCAAAAUUAAGAGUUUGCAUAUCUAUAUCUUUUUUUUUUUCGCAAAUAUCUAGUUAUUUGUAUUAUAUAUUAAUGGCAGGACCCAUUUAUUUUUCUUCUUCUUGAUGUGCCUAUCCGUUACUAAUGUUGGCAAUCAUCAUGGCUAUCUUUAUCUUAAGCAGCGCGGAAAAGCUGUACAGAUAUACUGAACCAGAUUCUGAGGUUCUUUAGAUGUUUUUCUUUUUCCUGGACCCCGUUUUCCAAAUAUUUUUCCUUGCAGGAUGGCUUAAAGGAGAGCAUAUCUGGAUUCAUUUCGCAUUAUAUGUCCGAAGAACUGUAACUUUCGAGAUUAUUGGUCAGUACCUCUCGGUUCUUAUUCAUUCUUCUGAGGACCUCUUCAUUUGUGACCUCGUGGGCAUUCUCGGAUAUAGCCACAUUUCAAAGGCUUCCAGUUUUCUGCACAUAUCUUCGUUUAAGGUCCACGAUUCAACACAAACAUAAAAAAGGACAGAGAAGACGUAGCAUCGCAAUAUUCUUACUUUUGUAUCAAGAGAGGGAUUGUGACUCUUGAAGAAGGCCCCAUCCGGUUGAAGGUGGAUCUAGCUUUUCCGAUGCGGGCUCUACUCUCCUGGUUGUUGGUCCAUUCUUCAUUUAUUAUGGUGCCGAGGUAGUUGUAGCGCGUCACUCUUUCUACAGGGGAUUGGUUGACGCAGAGUUGACCUUCUGUUAUCAUUUUCUUGCUAAUUAUCAUAAGCUUUGUCUUCUUAACGUUUAUAUUGAGUCCAUAUUGUUAACUGUAAUACGUGAUUUUCUUGAUAAUAACUUGUAGUUCUUUUAAGUUGUCCGCAAAUACUAUGAUGUCAUCUGCAUAUCUGAUGUUGUUUAGCCGGUAACAAUUUAGUAGAAUACCUUUUUAGGUAUUAGAAUAUUCUUUCAGAGUACAGAAUGACGAUUAGAGGAGACCAAAUACAGCCUUGCCUCACUCCACACCAUGAUUUUCACAUAGUCAUUGUGUUCACCUUCAACUCUGAGAUUUGCUGUCUGAUUCCAGUAAAGAUUUCUGAUUAUUUUCAGAUCUUGGUUGCUAAUUCCAGUUUCUUUUAGUAUUUGCAUAUGAAAUUUUAUGAAAUAUUUAUUUAUGAAAUGUGUCAAAAUUAGAAAUCAAAAUGUCUAAACCGAGCCGCGAUAUCACAAAUUAUAUGCAAAAUAACAUUAAAAGUUUGAAUGUUCCUAUUGUGAAUAUCCAAUAACUGUUCAACAUGUAUUGAUUGAAUGUCCUCUUUAUUCAUACGAAAGAGCCAUCAACAACGUACCAGAAGAAGCAAAGAAACUUAAAGAUAUUUUAAACAGUAAUGUAUCUAAUACAAUCAAAUUCCUUAAGGACAUACGUUUACUACACAAAAUUUAAGUUAUAUUAUAUGUAUCUCUUUGUAAUUUGUAAUUUAUUAUGUGUAAUUUAAUACGCAAUUUGUAAUUAGUAAAUUUGUAUUUGUAAUAACAAUAACCUUUAAUGGUUGAUGCGGAAAUUCUAAAUAAAAAAAAAAACAUUAAAAGUAUAGAAUCAAAAUUUUUGCCGUCUUCUUUUUUAUUACGAACUUUUUGAUAUUAAAUUUGUCGGGUUGUCAACGAGAUAUAGGUAAUGGUCGUCUUUUUGUGGGUACGUCUCUCGCCUAAUUUCUUUUCCGAUUCCGCUCUCACAUAAAUAUCAUGGCAACGGGAUCUCAUUGUUAAUAGAUAUUAUUUAAAUUCAAUUCAACAUAAAAAUAAUCACAUAAUUAUUGAAUAUGAUUCAUUGACAGAAUUCUAGGUCAGCAGUCAGUACUAAAAAUAAUUAAUAAUAUCAAACCCUUUAAAAGCUCUAUGGUGGCGCCUAUGUUUCGCCGGAUUUAGUAUAUAGAACCAUUAUUUAUUAUUUUUGCUGAAUUUGUGGGAUGUUAGUAAUAAUUUGUAACUAUUUUAUUUAUUAUAUAGUUUUAGGAAAGUGAGAACUUGAGAUUAAAAGUGACAUUUUG